CUCGUGCUUCAGAACACGACAGCAGCUAUUUUCCUACCUUGCUCGUUGGUGACGACCUGACAGGAUGGUUUGCAAGAGCUCCAAGACGGUGACGGUUCGGGACCCCCCGACCGCGCCCGAGUCUGCCUCGACCACCGAGCCACCAAGCAACGAGCCGCGUCUUCUGCUCGUGGCGUCGGACAUUAAGGACAAAAUGACCCUGAAGCUCGGCACUCUUCCCAAUGUGUUCACGGUCAUCUACGACGUCAACAAGGUCUCCCUGGCCGAUAUCGUGGACCGUGCCGAGGACAUCCACAACAACUUUAUCACCGUGGGCGUGCUCUGCCACGGAGGCCCCGGUCGCCUGCAGGUCACGCAGAAGGUGGCCAUCACUGCCGAGAACUGCGUUACCGAUGAGGAGGUCAAAAACUUUUUGUGUGGUCUGGCCAAGUUGACGUCUGAGCGCAUUGACAUUCUUGGUUGCGACGUGGCAGCGUCACCCGAGGGCAAGAAGAUGCUGAAGGAUAUUGAAGAGCUCACGGGCACGCCAGUGGCUGGAUCCGACGACAAGACGAGUGCUGCUGGCGCAGGUGCUGAUACGGCCGAUGGCAAGGGCGAUCUCUUUUUGGAGACGGCUGGCAUCGAUGUGACCAACCUCUACUUUGAUCCCGUCAAGAUCAAGGCUUGGAAGGGUGAAGCGCCCAUCCCCGCCGUCGUCGGUGUCAUGGCCAUGGGCUUUGCCAGCGGCGCUGCUUCAGCUGCCGGUGCCAAGGCAUGCUCUCUGUUCUGGUAAACGGGGCAAGUGGCUGUAUCUUAAACGACUGCAGAGGAGGCCUUGCACUUGCCAGCGUGUGGGUGCGAGUCGUCGCGUAUUCGAAUGUCAUUUCUUUUUGUGUGGGGCCUGGUGCCACCGUAAUCGUCCCUUGCUUUUCCGGCUCGUCCGAGUACCUCAUGAUUUUUCUUGUCAACCAUCAAUUUAUUCCCUUCCAU